GCAAAGAAAUGUAACAACAGCAUCUAAAUAAAAUUAAGUUGAUUUAAAUCCGUUUGCAAAUUGAAAUAAGCUUAAUACAGUCCCAGUACAUCGCUUAUUGUGUUACAUAGUAGUUAUAUAAAAGUUGUAUUUCUGUUGCGAAGUUUUAUCGAUAAUACAAAUCUGAUUUGCAUUUAUUGAACUGUUAUUUGACCUAAUUCUUCCUUGUACCUCUGUUUCAUACUAGAAUAAACUACGUUUUGUUUCCGUUUAGUACUAUUUUAUUUAGAGACCGAGAGGAGUUAAAGGUGAACUAUUGCACAUUUUUAUUAUAUACAACGAAAUGGCUACUAAUUUUAAGAUUCUAGCACAAAAACUAACUAGCAGUUGACAAUGGAUGAUGAUUAUAUAAAGUUUUCUCCAAAAGUGAAAACCUACAGUAAUGUAAAUAGGAGACACUUAGUUAAAAGUCCAAAGAAAUUAACAUUCACGGGUAACUUUACACCAUGUCAGCGACAUUUCUAUAUAACAGAAGCAGACAAACGGAACAGCUUACGUCUUGAUAUAUUGAAUGCUGUGAUGAAGAGGACGGAAUCUAAGAUGCAUGAAAAAGAUAUUGAUGAAUCAAUCGAUAAUCCUUUAUAUGAAGAUCCAAGAGAUGUGAUUGAGAGACCAGUCAAACCACCACGGAAACGAAACAUAAAUGGAGGGGUGCCUAAUACUAAUAAAGAAGGAAAACAUUUACUUAAAGAACAGAAGAAGAAACUAAGUAAGAAAUAUGAAAGGCUUAUUACCGCACUUAUGGACAGAUGUGAAGAAAAUAUUCUAUCGAUAUCAGAAAAGGACGCACAUAUAGCAAAACUUAAGGACAAACUGAAAACAAUAUUAGAAUAUAAUAAAUUAUUUGCCAGUGAAAAUGAACGAUUGAAAUGUGAACAUGCAACAUUAUUGAAAUAUGCAGAAGAAUGUAAAAUUGUUAUAAAAGAAGAGAGGGAGAAGAAUACAGAUUUAGAAGACAAGUGUAAGAGUUUGCAAGAGAGACGAAUGAUUUUAUCUGAACCCUCAGAUCAAUGUGAGCCAACAACAAUACCACUGGUUGAAGUCUGCAUGAGUUGUUCCAGUCGACAGAUUGUGUUGAACCAAGCGAGGGAACUCAACGCCAGACUACAGAAAGAUAUGCAAGCACUCAAAGAUGUUUUAUACAGACUGAACGUACAAUUAGCACGUUACCAAGAGAAGAUACGAAGUAAUGUACCAACAUUGAAAACAGACAAAAGUACAGACAGAUAUGACUGUAUAGAUUCAAUUAUUAACGCCAGCCUUGGACAGAGACGAGAAUCUACGAAUACCGAAGAAGCAACAAAAAAGGACUACAAUGAAGAAACUCAACCAAGAUUAGUGGAUUUAUCAGGAUUACUCAGUGCACAGGCUUUAGCACCAUUAUUUGACGCAUAUCAAGAGAAUCUACAAGAGAAAGAUAAUUUAAUAAAUGAUUAUGAGAAACAAUUUGAAAAUAUGAACAAAAAAUCCAAAGAAAUUGUAAUCGAGAACAAAAAUUUAAGUGAUAAAGUGACGUCGUUAGAGAACGAACUGUCGCAAGUGAGACAGAGCUAUAAGAAACUGGUAGUAGAGAGAGAGACGGCAGAUAUAGAAAAGGCAACUACACUAGAAAGAGCGGAACGAGCUGAAUCCAAAUUAAAAGAAGUUUAUGAAUUGUAUGAAGAUAAAAUGGCAGCAAUGAUACGUGACUACGAGACGGUACAUCGCGAGUACUUCGCGGUGAAGUCCGCACUGGAGGCGUCAGCGGGCAAGAUCUCUCAGCUGGACGCGAUGCGCGCGCGCACCGUGCCCGCUGACCUGCACGAGCGCAGGCUGGAUCAUUGCAAACGUUUACUAGAAGAACUGAAACACCAGUAUUCAAUGGAGAACGAACGUAAGUCUGAACAGGUGAAGAAGAUGCAAGAAGAUGUGCGCAGCACAGAAGAGAAGUACAACAAGAUGUGUCAGGAACACGAGGCUGUCAAGGAGGAACUCAGAACAGCUUUGAAGAAUGUCAGACUGUACCGUCGCGCGGCGGUGAUAUUCCGACAUCGCGCGCGCACCGCCGCCGCGAGUGCGAUGCGCGUGCGCCGCGCCCGCACCAAGCGCACCAAGCGUACACACAACGAGCCGCUGCAACACGCACUACACGCAUUGGAUACUAUUAAAACUGAGAUAAAGGCAGUGAGAUCUCGUGCCUAUACAUCAUUGGAGGAAUUAGAGCGUCGCAUAGUGCAGCAGGAGCGUCGUGCUGCAGCCGCCCAAGCCGAGCACCGGCGCGAGCUGGAGCGCGCCGCCCUCGUGCUGCAGCACAAGGAGGGCAUUAUACGUAGCCUCAUUGAUAAGGUCGCUGAUGUUGAGGAGGUCAGAUUAAGUCAAACCAAUGCUCAUCGUCUGCAAGGGAUAGUCUCAAAUUCAUCUUCCGAAAGUUCUUCAACAAAAGAAAAAGAUAAGAAAGAUACGAAACAAACUGAUAAAAGAAAAGUUAAUAAAUAAAAUUAGAAUUUUCUUAUGUAAAAUUUUUUACGCGUUAAUCUCAAAAACUAUGAAACGAAUUUGGAAAAUUCCUUUUGCAUUUAUUCUAGAAGGUUAUAAGGUACUAGAUGUCGCCCGCGACUUCGUCUGCGCGGAAAUAAAAAAUAAUAAUAAGUACGCUAUGUGU